UAAUAGAGCCGUUUGACUUUGCAUGGCUGCUGAUCCCUGUCCACCAGAUGCAACGUGCGCCAGGUGUGGCUCGCUCUUUUUAAGCUUCCCCGACCCAUCACAGCACACCACUCGAUCUCCGCAGCCUUUCCCCUCCCAACGCACACACCAGCACAGCCUCUCCGGCGGCCUCCCUGCGCGCACGUUCCCGUCAGUUGAUCUGAGGCCUUCUAUGAAGAUGAUGAUGUGGCGCAGGCGGGGCGCCGGCGGCGGGCUGCGCAUCAAGAAGAAGGGUCGCGGGUUCAUGUGUGGCUGCGGCGGCUCCAAGGCAGUCUCCAUCUCCGAUAGCUCCGACAAGUCCCCCAUGGCCACGCCGCCCACCGCCGUGUCAACCACUCCUACUACCGCCAUGUCCACGACGACGACGACGACGAAGACAACGACCAUAGCGGGAAACAAGGAGGCGCCCUCCUCGUUCUCGGCCUCGUCCUACCACGCCGACACCGAAGACGCCCACAGCAGCAUGGAGAGAACGCCCAGCUUGUCCGCGCUCCUGCGCCAGCUCGGCGACCUGGAGCGCAGCGUCCGGUUCCUGCAGGCCGCAGCCACCGAUGGCGGCGAAGGUGGCGGCAGCGGCAAGAACGGCGGCAGGCGUCACCGUCGGACCGUGAGCGAGGGGAGCGGCGGCGGGUCCGGGCGGGUGCAGGAGAGCGUGGCAGUGGUGAAGGAGUCGGCGGACCCGCUGGCCGACUUCCGGCGGUCCAUGCUGCAGAUGAUCGUGGAGAAGGAGAUCGUGGGCGGGGCCGAGCUCCGGGAUCUGCUGCACCGGUUCCUGUCCCUCAACUCGCCGCACCACCACCACCUCAUCCUCCGCGCCUUCGCCGAGAUCUGGGAGGAGGUCUUCGCCGGCUACGAGCGCACGCCGGACUUCCUCGUCUCCCACCGCAAGAAGAAGCACCUGACCACGCGUGGUGCUUGAUUCGCUUCGUACGCCAUCGAUCCAUCCCCGCCCGUCCAUCGAUCUCCUUCUCAUGGGACGAAAGAGACAAGGUUUUCAGUAGGGUUUUCGUUGAUUUCUUGACGCAUUGGUUCCAUCAACUUUGUGUACAAACGAUUGAACGGACGAGCCAGGAUUACCGAAGGCUCCAAACGCCUGCCUUUGUUUUCUCGA